UUCUUCUUCUUCUUCUGCUGCGUUUGUUUUGUUUACAAGAAGAGGCUCGCUUUACACAAUUUUAUAAUGAAUCCGACGGAAUUACAUGAUUCUUCCAUUGAAUCAGACGAGGAUAAGAUUCGAAAGAGCUACGAUCAUGAGGACUUAAAAACAUUCCUGGCCAAAUCGACUAUAAAGGAUUAUUUUCAACGUGCACUGCAAAUAUCAGAUUGCUAUCAGCUGCUAAGCUAUUUGCAGGCGACUUUGUCCAGAUAUGUUUGGGCAGAUUUUGAUCUGGAAGAGAAGCUAGACUUAUAUAUUCUGGCCAUAAUGAUGAUGACAUACGAACAGGAUAAUUUUAUAGUUAUUGAUAAACGCUUCACGCUGUUAGAUACUGUCUCCAAUUUAGGAUCUAAUCUUUAUCCAGACCAGAUUAAAUUUAUUGCCAAUGGCUUGUAUAAGAACUUUGUGCAAGGCGUGGGAGCCAAGCGUUUGGAAAAUUUUUUGAAUAUGCAGGCGGCCUUUCCUCGUCUAAUGCUCUCAUCUGGAUCUGGCAGUGACGUUGUCCUGGCCCUGCUUCUGACCAUCUUGAGCGGAUACACCAAGGUCCCAGCAAGACUGCAAAUUACUGGAAAUGCGCGUAAUGCAUUCGAAAUGGCAAAGUUGGUCAACUGGCAGCAGCUGGCGAACUCUGAUCAAUACCAUGACAUGUUCAUUCUGAUGCGCUCGUUUUUCCUCGUCAUAAGUAUGUGGAUUAAUCGUCAAGAGUUUCUCGAAAGUGAUCUUGGAGCGGAAAUGCGCACAUACUUCCUAACCGUGUGCAAGGUAUUGUGCAGAAAAACCGCCAUCGAAUCAGACUUUGCCAUGACGCUGGAGCGAUUCAUUGCCCUCUGCGUUGUACGUGCAGCAAGGAUAGAUGAACCCUAAUGGUCCCUAAUGCUAAGAGAUUACCAUAAGUGUUUUUUUUUUUUAUUUGUCGUUCCAUAUGGAGGAUAUCCAAGGGGCUGGGUACCAAUCUAGCUGCAGAUGCAUCCGCAAUAAAUGUUUUCAUAAAGUUCUCAUGGGUGCGUAUCAGUAUCGAUACUACGGAACACAUAUACAUACAAAGAACAGUUAAUUUGAAUAGUUCGCCAUUGUUGGAACACUUGGUGGUAUUUUUUGUUGUUUGCCUGGCGCACACGAUGUCUUUUUGGUUUUUGUUCAGUGCCAUCAGAAUCACUGGCACCAGGUUGAUCGAUAUUGAGUUGAAGGUAUUUGAUCCAUUUCAUCAAUCUAUUAUAUUAUCAUUGUCAGAGUCACUCAUUCACUUUCGAACAAUGUAUAUUUGGCGCGCAACAGUCGAUAGUAUCGGCAGCCGUUUGGUGGGAUAUUUUCUUUCUUUUUUUGGGACUUGCUCUCUUUUCCCUCGUCGAGGGAUUUUUCAACGCAGCAAUGUCCUUUUUCCCAACAUUCCGUAGAACUUUUUUGUUUAAACCUUGUUUUAUACAGAAUGCAAUAAAAGUGGUUAUUUAAAAUGA